AUGUACCCGAUGCUUGUGCUGCUGGGCCUCGCAGCCCUCCUGGGUGCCUCCCAGGGACGCACGGAUUGCUACGGCAGUGUAAAUGGAAUUACAACCUCUGGGGCUUCGUGCACAACUGCAAAGUCAGAGGGUUUAUCCUACUGCGGAGUUAGUGCUUCAGAAAAGAUUGCUGAACAAGACCUGGAAGCUAUGGACAAAUAUAAAACACUCAUUAAUACAGUUGGUGAAAAAUUGUGCAUUGAACCAGCCCUGAUCGCUGGCAUCAUCUCGCGGGAAUCUCAUGCCGGCAAAGAACUGAAGAAUGGCUGGGGUGACAACGGAAAUAAAUUUGGUUUAAUGCAGAUUGACAAAAACUCAUAUAAACCUGAGGGACAAUGGGACAGCGAAACCCAUCUUACCCAGGGUACAGACAUACUUAUCUCCAUGAUAAAGGAAAUACAGAAGAAGUUCCCAAGCUGGACAGAGGAUCAACAGCUGAAAGGUGGGAUUGCUGCCUACAACGAUGGUGUUAAGAAUGUCCAAAGCUAUGACAAAAUGGACAGUGACUUCUCCGAUGACGUGAUUGCACGAGCCCAGUAUUACAAGAAACACGGAUACUAG